AUGUUUGUUGCAGAUUUACAAUCGGAGGGAAUCUUUGCUGAGGCUUUAAAUGAGGGAAAGUUGCCACCAAAGUCUAGGGAGAGAUAUGUUACAGUUUACGAGAAUUUCACUAUCUGGAAAAACACAGCAAAUAUCAAAUCAUUCUCUGAGCACGUGUUUUUGGCAUACUUCGAAGAACUUGCGAAAAAAUAUAAGGCGUCUACUCUCUGGUGCAUAUAUUCAAUGUUGAAGGCCACUGUUAAGGCAAGAGAUGGCGUUGAUAUUAAAAACUACUCCAUUUUGGUGAAUUAUAUAAAGAAAUUAUCACUUGGAUUUACAAAAACUAAAGUCAAAACUCUGUCGGUUGAGCAAAUUCAAAAGUUUUUGCGUGAAGCUCCAGACCUUCAAUAUUUGGUGACAAAGGUUGUUCUAAUAUUCAUUAUUACUGGUCGAUGUAGAACUCUAGAUCUAACUGAAAUUACUACAAAGGACAUUGAAGAUCGCGAUUUACAAACUCCCGAAAUCUUUGUUAAGACUUUAAGUGAUGGAAAUUUGCCACCGACAUCUAAGGAAAGAUAUGUUAGAAUUUACGACAAUUUCACUAACUGGAAAAACUCCGAAGAUAUAAAAUCACUCUCUGAGCACGUGUUUUUGGCAUACUUCGAAGAACUCGCAAAAAAAUAUAAGCCUUCUACGCUCUGGUGUAUCUACUCCAUGUUGAAGGCCACCGUUAAGGCAAGACAUGACGUUGACUUAAAAAGCUAUAACAAUUUGUUUAAAUAUUUAAAGAGAUUAUCAAUCGGUUUUACACAAACUAAAGUCAAAAUCUUAUCGCCCGAGCACAUUGAACAAUUUUUGCAUGAAGCUCCGGACCUUCAUUAUUUGGUGACAAAGGUUGUUCUAAUAUUCACUAUUACUGGUGCAGUUAAAACUUUAGAACUGACUGAAAUUACUACAAAGGAUAUUAAAGAUCACGGUGAUAUGUAUAUUGUUAAAAUUACUAAUAGAAAUAACAAAACUGUACGAACAUUUACAAUACAUGGCCAGUUAUACAAAAUAGUAAAAAAAUAUGAAUUACUACGUACUCCGAAAGCAAAGAACGACAGAUUCUUUCAAAAGUAUCAAAAAGGUAAAUGUUCGUGUCAACCCAUUGGUAAAAACAAAUUUGGUUCUAUGGCAGUGGACAUUGCUACAUACCUUGGCUUACCGGAUCCUGGCUCUUACACUAGUCACAGCUUAAGAAGAAAGAAGACAUUUAAAUUUAGUGUACAAUGAUUAUUGGUGUUUUAUAUUCGUGACUUGUAAUUUCAACAAAGUAGGUAUAUACGUGUAACUGUAAGAUUAUUAUUAUUAACUAACUUAAAUUCUUAAAAUAUACACUUGGUAACUAUACUAUAACUAUAAAUGUAAAUACAUAGCAAGGUAAUCGAGUAGACAGUUUCAGUCUGUCAUAAGCCGGGAUUAAAAAUAUUAGAAAAUAAUCGCAACUCACUAGGUACAACGAUCGCAAGCGCAACGAAUAAACGACAAUGCGAUCAAUUAUUUAUCAAAUAUCAAUAUUUAACAAAUAUUGACAUUUGGCAUAGAGUAUGACACAUUGUUAAACACGUAAACGUGUUCCGUUUUAUGCAUAAUUCUUAUUUUUAUGAAGAGAUAAUUAUAUUUAUUGUAAAGAUAUGAAUAAAGACAGUUUCGUUAGGAAUAAAAUGUUCCUAAUAAGAGUAUUAGUGAUCUAUUUGCGUAGUAUAUUCGAGGAAUUUUUCUCUAUG